AUGGUUGAAGCUAGUAUCACACGAUACUACACACUUGAAGAUAAAGAGUACUAUGCUCCUUCCUAUUACCCUAGAACCGACUACAAGAGCCAUCAAUCCGCAAAGACACCCAUCGUGAUUGACAAUGGCUCUAGUCAUUGUAGAGCUGGUUGGGCGUCAGAAGACGAGCCUGCAAUGAUAUUUGAUAAUGUUGUGUCGAAAUAUAGAGAUAGACGGCUCAAUCACAGUGUAUUAGCAGUGGGCAUGGACGCGCUGGCUGACCCUGCUGCUAAAUCAAACGCUCGUUCACCAUUUGACAGCAACAUUGUCUGCGAUUUUGAAAAGAUGGAACACAUUUUGGACUACAUAUUCGUUGUUUUGGGCAUCAAUACACAUACAGUAAACCACCCUAUUUUGCUGACAGAGCCUCCAUGUGUACCUCAAUACAGCCGCACUCGCAUGACUGAGCUCCUGUUCGAAGGAUAUCAAGUACCUUCUGUUGCUUAUGGUAUCGAUUCAUUGUUUAGUUACCAUGCCAACGGCGGCACCCAUGAUGACGGCGGUAUUGUGAUAGGAUCUGGCAACUCUACAACACAUAUCAUCCCUACUUUGGGCGGCAAAGGUGUACUAUCAAAAACCAAGCGUAUUGCGUACGGUGGCACGCAAUCAUCUGAAUACAUGCUGAAAUUAAUGCAACUCAAAUAUCCAACAUUCCCCACCAAAAUGACAAAUUCACAAGCAGAGGAGCUCGUCCAUCAACACGCAUUCGUUUCACCCAAUUAUCAAGCAACGUUAAAAAAGCUGGAGACAAGGACUCAAUUUGCUGAAAUGGAUCGCAUCAUUCAAUUCCCUUUUACAGCUCCUGUGGUGGAAGAGAAAUCAGUGGAAGAGCUGGAGAGACAGGCAGCCAAGAGAGAAGAGAACUCAAGGCGAUUACGAGAGGCUGCUGCCAAAUCACGUUUGGACAAAUUGGUAGCCCGCGAACAACAAAUGGAGGCUUUUACCAACUUGAAGAAUGCAAAGGGUACCAUAAAAAAGGUCGAUUGGCUGGCUCAAGUCAAAGAAGCGGGCUUCAAGGACGAGGCGGAUUUGGACGACACUAUCAAGCAACUAGAUAAAGCCAUUCAGCGUGCUCGUAACAAGGAACUCGGUAUUGAGGAAGUAGAAGAAAAGGAAGCACCUAUUACAACAUUGGUAGACAUUCCAGAUGAGCAUCUGGACGAGAUGGAAAAGAAGGAGAAACGCAAGCAAAAGUUGAUGAAGGCCAAUUACGACGCACGUCAACGAGCCAAGAAAGCCAAGGAAGAAGCACGCUUGAGAGACGAGGAAGCAGCCCGCAUUGAAGAGCAAAAACGACGUGAUAAUCCUGCUGAAUGGGUGGCUGAAAUCAAACAAAAGCGACAAAACGUAAUGGAUCGAUUAAAGCAACGAAAGCGUUUAGCGUCUGAAUUAGCAGAUCGUAGAUCGCGCGCAUCUCAAAUGCGUAUGAAGUCAAUUGCCAACUUGGCCAGCGAUGAUCCCAAGAGCAAGCGUAGAAGAAAGGGAAAUGAUGAGGACACCUUUGGUCAAGAUGACGAUGAUUGGGCUAUUUACAGAGAGAUCAGCAGAGAUGAUGAAUCCGAUGACGAGGAAGAAGACAUGUCCGAAUUGAAUCAAUACGAGAGCUUAUUGUUGCAACAUGACCCUGACUUUUUGCCAGAACACUCUUACGAAAGCAUGUCUUCACCCACCAACACAUUAUUGCAUCUCUUGUCCAGGGGUGUGUAUCCACCUUAUGAUCCCACAGACAUGGAGCAGAGCUAUCAGUUGCAUGUCAAUGUGGAGCGUUCUCGUGUUCCUGAAGUGUUGUUCCAGCCAAGCAUCAUUGGCCUGGAUCAAGCGGGUCUAGUGGAAACAGUGAAUGAUAUUGUCAAGACAUUUGAUAUCAACCAGAGAGAGAAUUUGAUGAAGAAUAUCUUUUUGACAGGUGGAUUCAGUCAAUUGCCUGGAUUAUCCGAGAGACUCUAUUCAUCACUGAAAACGAUCUAUCCUGUGGAAACAAAAAUCAAAGUCAAGAGAGCAAGGGAUCCUGUGUUGGAUGCUUGGCGGGGUGCAGCCAUGUUUGCUCGAGAUGAGACCAAGACGCAGUAUUUCGUAUCAAAGCAAGAAUAUCAGGAAUACGGUUCUAAUUAUAUCAAGGAGCAUGGCUUAGGAAACAUUAUUCAGAAAUAA